UCACAGGAAGAGACACACACACAGUCAGGAUGGAGGUGAAGCUGCUGUUUCUGACUGUUGUUCUGCUCUCCUCACCGCUCCUCACACUAUGUGACCCGCUGUAUGUUCUGUCGGCUCCUAAUCUGCUGAGGGUGGGUUCCUCAGAGAAGGUGUUUUUGGAGGCUCAGGAUUACUCUGGAGGCGCUCUAGAUGUGAAGAUCACAGUUAAGAGCCACCCAAAAAAAGACAGGGAGAUACUGUCUCAAUCAGUGACACUGACUGCAGCCAACAAUUUCCAAAUCCUUAAAGACAUAAAGAUUCCUGAUGAUCAGAACUUCUUCUCUGACGAUCCUCUGGAGAAGCAGUAUGUGUAUCUACAAGCUCAGUUUCCAACCGUCACUCUGGAGAAAGUGGUCCUGCUAUCAUUUCAGUCUGGAUAUAUAUUUGUCCAAACAGACAAACCCAUCUACACACCUAAUAGCACAGUUCUUUACAGGAUUUUCUCUUUGAUGCCAAACUUGAAACCAUUCAGCAAUGCUUCAUUGACAGUGGAAAUCAAGAAUCCACAAGGCAUCACAGUUUCAUCAGAUAAGAUAUAUACAGCAGAAGGAAUAAAGUCUGGAAAGUAUGCCAUCCCUGAAGUUGCCAGUCCAGGGAUCUGGAAGAUUGUCACACUGUUCUCAAACACUCCUCAGAAGAAGUUUACUGCUGACUUUGAGGUCAAAGAAUAUGUGCUUCCAACAUUUGAGGUGAAAUUAAAGCCCAGCAAGUCAUUCUUCUAUGUGCGUGAUGAGAGUCUGACAGUCAACAUUGAAGCCAAGUACCUGUUUGGACAGAAGGUGGAUGGAAAUGCGUUUGUGGUGUUUGGUGUGAUGGAAGAUGAGAAGAAAAUAAGGAUUCCUGCAUCUCUGAAAAAAGUUCAGUUAAUGAAAGGAGCAGGCGAAGCAAAUCUGACCAAUCAGAUGAUCACCAAGACCUUUCCAAACAUUAACCAGCUGGUUGGACGAUCCAUCUAUGUUUCAGUCAGUCUAUUAACAGAAAGUGGCAGUGAAAUGGUGGAAGCAGAAAGGAGAGGCAUUCAGAUUGUGACGUCACCGUACACCAUCCACUUCAGAAAAACACCACACUUCUUCAAACCUGGGAUGCCCUUCUACGUCUCGGUCUAUGUAACAAAUCCUGACCAGACACCUGCUGAGAAUGUGGAAGUGGAAGUCAAUCCUGGAGGGGUCAAAGGUCAAACAAGAGACAAUGGCAUUGCAAAGGUUACCAUCAACACACAGGGAGGAUCUUCAACACUGGAGAUCACUGCAAAAACCAAAGAUCCAGAAUUAAGUGAUGAUCAGCAGGCAGUGAAGAAGAUGACGGCUCAGGCCUACAUUCCUAAAGGUGGCUCACAAAACUACCUUCACAUCGGCAUCGGGGCUGCAGAGCUUCAGAUUGGUGAUUCAAUGACAGUCAGUCUGAACACAGGACAAAGUCCAGGAGAAAUAGAUUUCACCUACAUGAUCUUGAGUAAAGGUCAAAUUGUAAAAGUAGACAGGUUUAAGUGGAAAGAACAAUCUCUAGUGGCUCUUUCUCUGCCUGUAACCAAAGACAUGAUACCAUCCUUCCGCUUUGUGGCUUAUUACCAUGUGGGCUCGUCUGAGGUGGUGUCUGAUUCAGUCUGGGUCGAUGUGAAGGACACAUGCAUGGGAACGUUCCAGAUUAAGGUGAAGGAUGAGAGGGUUAAUAUCUAUGGGCCAGGUAAUAAGGUCGAGCUGCAGAUAACUGGAGAUCCUGGAGCUAAAGUUGGUCUGGUGGCGGUUGACAAGGCUGUGCAUGUCCUUAACAAGAACAGACUCACUCAGACUCAGAUCUGGGACGUUAUAGAGAAGCAUGACACCGGCUGUACAGCAGGAGGUGGGAGGGACAGUAUGGGGGUUUUCACUGAUGCAGGUCUGAUGUUUGAGUCCAGCACUGCAGGAGGAACAAACACCAGAACAAAACCAGAGUGUCCCAUUCAAGCAAAGAGAAAACGGAGAGCCGAAAAACUCCUGCAGAUCACUGAUACACUGGCUGGUAAAUACACUGGUGAACUGAAGCAGUGUUGUGUUGAUGGGAUGAGGGAUAAUAAACUCGGCUACACCUGUGAACGAAGAUCCACGUACAUCGUCGAUGGGGAAGAGUGUGUCAAGGCCUUCCUGGACUGCUGCAACCAGAUGAAAGAUCGCAAGAACACAAAGUCCGAAGAGGAGGAGAUGAUUCUGGCUCGCAGUGAUGAUGAAGAUGCCUAUUACACAGACUCUGAAGAGAUUGUAUCCCGUACACAAUUCCCUGAGAGCUGGCUUUGGGAAGAGGUUGAUCUACCCUUUCCUGGUAAAAGUGGAACAACAUCCGUCCCAAAAGUGAUCUGUCUCAAAUACUCUAUCACUACCUGGCAGAUCUUGGCUGUCAGUCUGUCACCAACACUUGGCAUCUGUGUGGCAGAACCUAAGGAGAUGGUUGUUUUUAAGCCGCUUUUCAUUGACCUAAAGAUGCCUUACUCAGCUGUGCGCGGCGAACAACUGGAAAUCAGGGCCAUUAUUCACAACUACACCCCAGUUAAACAGAAGGUGCGUGUGGAGUUUAUGAAGACAGAAGAUGUUUGCAGCUUUGCCAGUAAGAAAGGCAAAUACAGAACGACAGUAUCUGUUGAGAAAGACUCCAGUAUAUCAGUUUCAUAUGUGAUUAUUCCCAUGACGCUGGGCAAUAAGGAUAUUGAGGUGAAAGUUUCAGCAUAUGAUGCCAUCUACUCUGAUGGAGUGAGAAAGACGCUGAAGGUGGUGUCUGAGGGUGUGCUGACUGAAGUACACAGAGAAAAUGUGGAGCUCAAUCCUGUUAAGAACGGGGAAAAACCUUUAGUUUUUAAUGCUGACAAACAAGCUAAUCGGGUUCCAGACACACCUGCUAACACAUACAUCUCAAUUACUGGAGAGAAGAUCACACAGACAGUCGAGCAGGCCAUCAGUGGAGACUUCAUGGGUCGCCUUAUUAUCCAGCCCAGUGGAUGUGGAGAGCAGAUAAUGAUCGGUAUGACUCUACCUGUCAUUGCCACUCAUUAUCUGGACAGCACCCAUCAGUGGGAGACUGUUGGCAUGGAGCGCCGAAAUGAAGCCAUCAACCAUAUCAACAUAGGUUAUCAGCGGCAGCUGGGUUACCGUAAAACAGAUGGAUCCUAUGCUGCAUGGACACACAGGCCGAGCAGCACAUGGCUGACAGCAUAUGUGGCUAAAGUCUUCGCCAUGGCCAAUGACCUUGUUCCUAUAAACGAAGAUGUGCUCUGCGGUGCUCUCAAAUGGCUGGUUCUGCACAAACAAACACAAUUUGGCUCCUUCAAAGAGGAUUCAGCUGUAUUUCAUGGAGAGAUGGUGGGUGACGUACAGGGCAAUGAUGCUGAUGCCUCGCUGACGGCUUUUGUUGCGAUUGCCAUGCAAGAGGCCAAAGAGAUCUGUUCUAAAGAAAGUCUGCAUGAAAGUAUCAGGAAGGCUGUUUUCUUCUUAGAAGGUCAACUUCCACAACUGACCAAUCCUUACGCUGUUGCGAUGACAUCAUAUGCCAUGGCCAAUGAGAACAAACUCGAUAAAGACAUUUUGAUGAAACACUCCACCCAACGUGGAGCCGGUCGGUCCUGGACUGUCCCUGGACAGCAUCAUCACUCACUAGAGGCCACGGCUUAUGCUGUGCUGGCGCUUGUGAAGGCAAAAGACUUUGAUAAAGCAGGAGAAGCAGUGCACUGGCUGAACAGACAACAGUCUCACUAUGGAGGAUCUGGCACCACACAGGCGACCAUCAUGGUGUUCCAGGCCGUGGCAGAGUAUCGCACGCAGGUGAAGGACCGACAAAACUUCAAUAUGGAAGUGGAGCUGUCUGUAGAAGGAAGCAGCAAACCUGUCAGAUAUACUAUCAAAAGAGAGAAUGCACAUCUUACAUGGUCACACAAUGUGGAGAUAAACCAGGACUUCACUGUAACUGCUAGAGGAACUGGAACAGCCACUCUCUCAGUUCUGACGAUGUACUACGCCAGACCUGUUGAGAAGAAAUCUGACUGUACUUUCUUUGAUCUGACUGUUAAAAUGGAGAAAGACACUGAAACAAAACAAGGAGCCAUUGCAAGUUACAAGCUCACUAUGGAUUUCAUCUACAAAAGUAAUAAAACCGAUGCCACCAUGACUAUUCUGGACAUUGGUUUACCGACUGGAUUUGAAGUUGAAGAACAUGAUCUUGAACAGUUGUCUUCAGGGAAGGAGAGAUACAUUCAGAAAUUUGAAAUGAAUAAAGUUCUGUCAGAGCGAGGAUCCCUCAUCCUCUACUUAGAUAAGGUUUCUCAUAAAGAGGUGGAAGUAAUUUCCUUCAGAAUGCACCAGCUGUAUAAUGUGGGUCUGCUACAACCUGCUGCAGUCACAAUAUAUGAAUAUUACUCACCAGAUGCACGCUGUACAAAGUUCUACCAUUCUGACAGGACAGAUGCUGCGAUAUACAAACUGUGUAAAGGAGACCUGUGCUACUGUGCAGAAGAAAGCAGCAAGUGACCGACAGCCCACACACUUAGGAGCAU